AUCCUGCAGUUUCUGUGGUUCUGACUGAACUCCAGAGGUUGGUUGGAGAGAGGCGUGCACUUCCCGACCCCCAUUUGUGUAGGGGAGCCCUGAGGUGCUCAGCCCCCAAACAGUCACUGUGGAAGAGGUAUCUAAUAGCCACCAUAUACCUCCCACAAACCCGAUAGCUGCACAGGCCCUGGGGAAAUCUUCCAUUUUAUUGAUCAUGGCUCCUCCCGUGGAUUCUAGGGGGGGAAAGGACCUUUGCUCCCAUUACAAUACAGAGCAACAGACUUUUCUUGCAUUCUUCUGCCACAGAUAUGUGAUAGUUCCUAGAUCUCUAGGAUUUCUGUAACUUUCUACCUCACCUAAUUUCUGUCCAGCCUCCUUUAUUCCUUCCCUUGUUUCUUUCCCUCCCUUCUUCCCCCCACUACCGCCUUCCUCUCUCGCUGACCAGUGCAAUUCUUGGAUCUUAGAUUUCGCUGAUGGUCGAGUUUUCUGUCUCCCACACUUUUCCUGCUUCUGUUGUGUUGCUUAUCCAGAUCUAGCCCUCAGCCUCUUAUCUGUCUCCCUUUCCCACUGCCAUGCCAGCUCUAGCCUGCCCUCCCCCUUCCCUGCAUACCUCCACCUUUUGUUCUCAGAGUCUAGUCAGUCCCUGAAGGAGGAGAUUAUACUCUUUAAGAGAUUGCCUCCUUUUCCGGUGUUGAGGUGAACUAAGCUCCACAGUCCUAACUCCCAUUCUCUGUUUUUUUAGCAAUUUCACCAAACUUGAUUUGCCUUUUGCCAGAUUCCAUGGCUUCACACUCUGUUCCUCCCCAGGGAGUUCUAGUUUAAGGAGCAGCAGAUUGUAAGUGACAACAAUGAAGGGAGCACAUUUGUAUUUCUCCAAGAACAGGAGUCCCAGAUCCAGUGUGGUGGUGGGAUUUGUCAGUGGGGGGUUGAGUUUUUUUACUGUUACAUUUCUUUGGCAGGAGAGAGACAGAGGUGAUUGUCAAGAAUAGGGGCCAAAAAUUUCAAUAUGGUUGAGCCGCAGGUCCCAGCUGAUGACCCCUCAAAGCGGGUUUCUUGACAGGGAAGAGCCCCCACCACCAUCCCAGACUCUGAGCUCCUUAUUUGCACCAGCCACUGAACCUCACAGUACUUCCCACGGAGGUGAGACAAACGCUGAAUCCCAGAGGAAUCAAGCCACUCAAAAUAUGCUUAGUGGGAGAAAGUCUCCCACAUCCCGUCCCCUGAGUCCCCCCACAGCCCCCCGCUCUCAGCUGUGGCCUCAACCCUGCAGAUGGCAGCCUCCACCACAGAAAGGCAACUUAGGUUUUUUUUUUUUCCCCCCGGCUCUUGGCUGUAAUUGGAUUCAGAAACAACCACGUCCGCACGGAGAAAGGAGGGCAUUGGGGCGGGGGCGGAGGGAGGCUGUGGGAGAAGGGAGGGACCAGAAAGAGAGCGAGAGGGCUCGCGAUGCAGUUCGCCGACUAAGCAGAAGAAAGAUCAAAAAACGGAAAAGAGGGGACGAGCAAACAGGCGCUUUCAAGAACAACCCCUUCAUCUCCAAGCUGACAGCGCUCUAGGAAUCCAAAUUCAGUGCCUCCCGAAGACAAAGGCGCCCGAGGGAGUGGCGGCGCGACCCCAGGGCUUGGGCCCCGCCGCGGAGCCCGCACGGCCCGGCGGCCCGGACGGUCGCGGACCAUGUCUCCCGCCCCACGACGUGCCCGCAGUCUGCUGCUCCCCCUGCUCACGCUCGCCUCCGCGCUCGCCUCCCUCAGCUCUGCCCAAAGCAGCUUCAGCCCCGAAGCCUGGCUGCAGCAGUAUGGCUACCUGCCCCCCGGGGACCUGCGUACCCACACACAGCGCUCGCCCCAGUCACUCUCAGCGGCCAUCGCUGCCAUGCAGAGGUUCUACGGUCUGCGAGUGACAGGCAAGGCUGAUGCAGACACCAUGAAGGCCAUGAGGCGCCCCCGCUGCGGUGUUCCAGACAAGUUUGGGGCUGAGAUCAAGGCCAAUGUGCGAAGGAAGCGCUAUGCCAUCCAGGGCCUCAAAUGGCAGCAUAAUGAGAUCACUUUCUGCAUCCAGAACUACACCCCCAAGGUGGGCGAGUACGCCACAUUCGAGGCCAUCCGCAAGGCAUUCCGCGUGUGGGAGAGUGCCACGCCGCUGCGCUUCCGAGAGGUUCCCUAUGCCUACAUCCGUGAGGGCCACGAGAAGCAGGCUGACAUCAUGAUCUUCUUUGCUGAGGGUUUCCAUGGUGACAGCACACCCUUCGAUGGUGAGGGUGGCUUCCUGGCCCACGCCUACUUCCCAGGCCCCAACAUUGGCGGGGACACCCACUUUGACUCUGCCGAGCCCUGGACCGUCCGAAAUGAGGAUCUGAAUGGGAAUGACAUCUUCCUGGUGGCUGUGCACGAGCUGGGCCAUGCUCUGGGUCUUGAGCAUUCCAAUGACCCUUCGGCCAUCAUGGCGCCCUUUUACCAGUGGAUGGACACGGAGAACUUUGUGCUGCCUGAUGAUGACCGCCGGGGCAUCCAGCAACUUUAUGGCAAUGAGUCAGGGUUCCCCACCAAGAUGCCCCCUCAACCCAGGACCACCUCCAGGCCCUCUGUCCCUGAUAAGCCCAAAAACCCCACCUAUGGGCCCAACAUCUGUGACGGGAACUUUGACACCGUGGCCAUGCUCCGAGGGGAAAUGUUUGUCUUCAAGGAGCGCUGGUUCUGGCGGGUGAGGAAAAACCAGGUGAUGGAUGGAUACCCCAUGCCCAUUGGCCAGUUCUGGCGGGGCCUGCCCGCAUCCAUCAACACUGCCUAUGAGAGGAAGGAUGGCAAGUUUGUCUUCUUCAAAGGAGACAAGCACUGGGUGUUCGACGAAGCUUCCCUGGAGCCUGGCUACCCCAAGCACAUUAAGGAGCUGGGCCGAGGACUGCCUACUGACAAAAUUGAUGCUGCUCUCUUCUGGAUGCCCAAUGGAAAGACCUAUUUCUUCCGAGGAAACAAGUACUACCGUUUCAAUGAGGAGCUCAGGGCCGUGGACAGCGAGUACCCAAAAAACAUCAAGGUCUGGGAAGGAAUCCCUGAGUCUCCCAGAGGGUCAUUCAUGGGCAGCGAUGAAGUCUUCACUUACUUCUACAAGGGGAACAAAUACUGGAAAUUUAACAACCAGAAGCUGAAGGUCGAGCCGGGCUACCCCAAGUCAGCCCUGCGGGACUGGAUGGGCUGCCCGUCCGGGGGCCGGCCGGAUGAGGGGACUGAGGAGGAGACCGAGGUCAUCAUCAUCGAGGUGGACGAGGAGGGCAGCGGGGCAGUGAGCGCAGCCGCUGUGGUGCUGCCUGUGCUGCUGCUGCUCUUGGUGCUGGUGGUGGGCCUCGCUGUCUUAUUCUUCAGACGCCACGGGACCCCCAAGCGGCUGCUGUAUUGCCAGCGCUCCCUGCUGGACAAGGUCUGACCCCCACUGCCGCCCGCCCACUCCUACCACGAGGACUUUGCCUCUGAAAGCCAGUGGCAGCAGGUGGUGGUGGGUGGGCUGUUCCCACCCGUCCCGAGCCCCUCCCCCCACCCCCACCCCCCACCUCCCUUCUUCUCUGUCCCGUGACUGGCCUCUCCCACCCUCCACGCUGGCAUUGCUUCUUCCCUAGACGGGUCCCCUGGGGGCUGAGCAGGGGCCGCCCUUCCAACCCCUGCCCCUCAGGGGCCCCGUGGCUUGAUGUACGUUCAGCCCCAUCUGAAUGUCUUGGCUCUGCACUUGAAGGCAGGAACCUCAGACCUCGCUGGUAAAGGUCAAAUGGGGUCAUCUGCUCCUUUUCCAUUCCCUGACAUACCUUUAACCUCUGAACUCUGACCUCAGGAGGCUCUGGGCUCUCCAGCCCCGCAAGCCCCCAGGUGUACCCAAUUGGCAGCCUCCCACAACUCUUUCCUGCUAAAAGAAACCUAAUCUUGUUGUGGCGGGGAGACCCUGAGAGAGUGAGGGGGUGGGAGCUGCACAGCCGCCCUAAGACCUUGGGAGGAAAGCUCAGAGAGGGUGAGUCCUCUCCCCACAGGUCUGCCUCUGCCCCACCUGCCCCUGAGAACAUCCACAGAAGGAGCCUGAGCCAUUAAGGACUAACCUGGGGCUGCAGAAACCCUUGACAGCCCCGCCCUCCCAAACGUUAGCCUCGAAUGGGGAGGUCAGGGUUUCUAGAGCUGAGACCAGGGGGUGCAGCUACGAGGUGGGGUGGGGCCAAGGAGAGAGACUUGGCCCGGAGCCCUGGGGGUGAGCCUGGAGGCCCCAGAGAAAGAAACUUGCUCAAAUGCAGGCAGCUGGGGUAGGGACCCAUGGGCAGAGCAGUCAGAAGGGACAGGACAGGACCAAAAGGCAAACCAGGGAGGGGAAGCAGGAGUGGACAGCUGGGAGCCUGGCAGGCUAAGCCACCAGGGACACCACAGGGUGGGCUGUGGUUCCCAGGGGAGGGCACAUUUUAUUGGAGCUCUCAGGAAGGGCCUGAGAAAGGCACACCUGCUCCUCCUUGGUGCCCUUGCUUCGAUCAGACAGCAGAGAGGGGAAGACAGGGAGCCCAAGAAAGGAGCAGAGAGGGCACACACAUCUGGGGACUGGAGACUUGGGACCUAAGUGGGAGUGGCCACCUAGUUAGGGAGCUGAGGAUCAGCCUGCCUCAGCCAGCCUCUGAGAAGGGGCAGGUGCCUGGGCAUCUCUUGUCAGGUUAGCCCCUCACUUCCUGAUGCCCCCUGCCCCUCAGCCCAGCCUACAGGUGUCCUGCCCCCCACCCUCCCCCCUCCCCCAGCCCACACAUUUGUAGUCUCCUUCGGCCACUGAAGGUGGUCAUGGUACCGGAGACUUGGGAGAGUGAGACACCCUGGGGGGGGGGGUCAGUGAGAGGAGAGGGAUGUCAGGGGUGGGGGGGCAGGGGGUGGGAGAAAUGGGGUGAACGGUGCUGGCAGUUCGGCUAAAGUUGUCUUGUUUGGGGUUUUUUUUUUGUUUUGUUUAAUGUAUAUUUUUAUUAUAAUUAUUAUAUAUGAAUUCCCUUCAAAUCGUUCCUUUUUGUUAACAAGGGGCAUGGGGAGGGGUGGGGGUGGGGGGCAGAGGCAUCCGACCCCAGGAACCUGCAGGGCGGGGCUGGGUCAGUGCCCUCUAAGGACAUUUUUGACCUUGUUCAACCUUUCCACGAAGAAUAAACCGUUUCACAUUC